GUGAAGGAAGUUCCCAUACAACCCAUUGUAUCAGUCAUAUAUUUACACUCCGUAGUUAGACUAAGAACAAAAAGCGGUGAUGGAGGACAGUUGUCAACGAGCACCACUUUUUACCUUCGGAGUUAUAGCUGAUAUUCAGUACGCUGACAUGGACGACGGGCUCAAUUUUCCCCAGACAAGAAGGCGAUACUACCGAAACAGUCUUGAACUGCUCAGACAAGCACGGGAGAGCUGGUCUCACUCUGACACCCGUCCAAAGUUCAUCCUCCAGAUGGGAGACAUCAUCGACGGCUUUAACAAGAACAAUGGAAACUCUAGUCAGGCACUGGAGCGGGUCUUGGACGAGUUUAGACUCAGCCCCAUCGAGGUGCACCACGUGUGGGGCAACCAUGAGUUCUAUAAUUUCAGUAGAAGCGAGCUGUUACGUUCCAAGCUGAACAGCUCCUUUCUUGCCGAUACGAGCCUCGGCGGAACCCGUGCCGGUGGCGAUAUUUACGCCUACAGCUUCACUCCCUACCCCGGGUUUACAUUUGUCGUAUUGGAUGCUUAUGAUGUGAGCUUGCUUGGCGUAGAGGAGGACAGUGUGCAGUAUCACAGCGCUUUAAAUUUGAUAAAACAACACAAUACCCACGAGGACCUCAAUACCCCGCCAGGACUAUUUGAUGAUCUAAAGCAGAGGUUCUCAAAAUUCAAUGGUGGUUUCAGUAAGGCCCAGCUGGACUGGCUCGAUUCCGUUCUGUCCUCAGCCGACAAGAAGCAGGAAAAAGUCACCAUCAUGAGUCACCUCCCAGUUCAUCCAUUCUCCACAACCCCAAUGUGCCUGGCCUGGAACUUCGAUGAACUCCUGUCCAUAAUCCAGUCCCACAAUAGCGUAGUGUGUUUCAUAGCUGGACAUGAUCACGAUGGUGGAUAUUGCUUGGAUAAAAGCACAGGAGUUCACCACCUUACUCUGGAGGCAGUGAUCGAGACGUCACCAGACAGCAACGCUUUUGGAACUGUCUCGGUGUACGAAGACCGGAUGGUCCUAAAGGGGGUUGGGAGGAUUUCAAAUAUAGACAUUUUGUUUCCCUGACAACAGUUGGUAUUCAUCUAAUCUAAUUUAAAAUCUUUACUAUGUAGGCCAUCAGUUAUACACUGAAUAUUUACAUCAUUUACACCAGUGGUCUCAAACCGGUCCUCAAAGGGCCGCAGGGGGUACUGGAUUUCAUUCCAACCAAACGAGACAAAUACCUUUUCACCAAUCUGGUUUCUUACAAGUGUAAUCAGUUGAUUGCAAUCAGGUGCUGCUUAUGUUAGUAGAAACCUCAUUGGUUGAACUGUUUGUGCUGGAUCUGUUGGAACAAAAACCAGGACCCACUGCGGCCCUUUGUGGAGUCGGUUUGAGACCGCUGAUUUACACUAUAUAAGCUUAUAUUGUAAGCAUGAGGUUUGAUUAUAAAGAAAAUGAAUCUUUUAAUAAAAUUGGUACUAUGCACUUAUUUUGCACUGGAACGAAGACAUGUAUAUUGUCAAAUAACUAUCGUGAGAGGAAAAAUGACUUGUGAUGUCUUAAGCAGGGAAUGUUUUUAAUACACUCAUUGCACUUUAGAUUUUACUGUUAAGAUCUGUUAAAUAUGAAUAAAGUUAACAGUUUUUAUUUGCUUAAAUUUAAUUUUUGUGAUUAUUUUUAAAUAAUGAGUACAUUUGGAAGGAAAUGCUACGUCUUACUUUGCUGUAAAAUGAUGGCUGGUUUUAUAGUGCCACAAAACUCCCAAGAACAUCUACUUUGUAUAAUCAAAUAAGAAAUAGGCCAAUAAAUAUGUUUGU